GUGUGGGAAUACCAGCGUCGUUCUCCUGCACAUUUACACUUUUUUGAAUUCGAAGCCAAGUCGCUGUCGUCGUGCUUUAGGAUCGAUACGGUAUUUUGGGAAAAGCGACGGCAGAACGCGAACGUGUGAUGGACAUAAUGAUUGCGGUGCAGGAUGUUUGUGCCUCCGGUCAGUGGCUCACUGCGAUCAUCCUCAGCCUCUGCUGCUUCCUGCCGUCCUGUUUGCCCGCCGGACAGACGGAGGACUACUCCUCGGUGGAGAACGUGGUGAGCAGGCAGGGCGACACGGUUCUCCUGAGGUGCUACCUACUGGAUGGCAUCUCCAAAGGAGCCUGGCUGAACAGGCCCAGCAUCCCACUUCCAGGGUGGUCUGCGGACCCACGAGUGUCCAUCGUGUCCAACAUCGCCGACAAACACGAGUACAGCCUCCAGAUACAGAGGGUGGACGUGAGCGACGACGGCCAGUACACCUGUUCCAUCCAGAGUGAGCGCAACCCACGGCCAAAGCUUCUCAACCUGAUUGUUAAAGUUCCUCCCAAGAUAUAUGACAUUUCCUCCGACAUCACGGUGAACGAGGGCAGCAACGUGUCGCUCAUCUGCACAGCCAGUGGGAAACCUGAGCCAGCCAUUUCCUGGAGGCACAUCACCCCAUUAGCCAAGAAGUACGACAGCGGUGAACACCUGAACAUCACAGGCAUCAGCAGGGACCAGGCUGGAGACUACGAGUGCAGCGCUCUGAACGACAUCGCCUCUCCUGACACCAAAAUAGUCAAAGUCACAGUCAACUUUGCUCCGACCAUCCACGAUGUCAAAAAUAAUGAAGUUGGUUUGGGACGCACCGCUCUGCUGAGGUGCGAGGUGUUCGCCAUGCCUGUGCCAACGUUUGAGUGGUUCAAGGGUGAGAAAAGGAUUAUAAAAGGUCAAGGCAUCGACAUCAAGAGCCUCACCUCCAGAUCCAUCCUUACAGUGACCAACACGACGGAGGAUCGCUACGGAAACUACACCUGCAUCGCCACCAACAAGCUGGGGACGGCUAACGCCAGUCUGACUCUCCUCCCGCCCAACACUGCCCCCUAUGGGAGCACAGGAAACGCACACGUCCUGCUGGCCUGCCGGUACCUGGUCCUGGCUCUCUCCUCCUUCAUCAGCAUCUACUGAGUCCAGCACCGGCCAAAUGUCUGACUGUCCAGAGCUUUUAUCAAUCCUGUUCACGCUGAUGACGGCUGGAGUCCAAUCUGGUACAGUUCCUCGAAAGGCCUCCGGAGGGGGGAAAAAAUCCGUUUACUUACUACUUUGUGUGGGGAGUUUUUCUUUGCUUCAUGUUCAGAAUGAUAUCAUGUAAAUACUAUGCUUUUUUAAGAGAUGUUUUUUUGUUUUUUUCCCUGGUUUGUUGAUGAUCUUGGUGAACCUGUGCUCACCCCACUCCUCAGAUCACACUUCCUUUCUCUCCUCUCUGUCUUUUUCUCUCUCUGUGGAAGGCAAAUGACGCAAAAGUAAUAUUAUUGUUUUCGUACAUGGCUGAAAAUAAUCAUUUGUGCCAGUGUGAACAAUUAGCAUACCAAUGUUAUAGUGAAUGUAUUCUGGGUUGUCAAACAAAGGGAAGACGACGCGUAGACUCCUAACAAUACAGAUUCUGAAUUAGAAAAAAAAAAAGAAAAACAGGAAAUAAAUGUGAGGGAAGGCAGGACUUCAGGAAGUGUAUUGUCAUGGAAACACUGUAGCUGGAUAGACGGUGUAGAAGAUGUGCUUCGUGGUGUUCUGGAUUCGCUCCUUCAGUUGUGACGCCUGCCGGACAGCACUGACCAGGCAGCACUGACCAGGCAGCACUGACCAGGCAGCUGUUAACGUAGCAAACUAUCCUGUAUUGUAUCUUUCUAUUUGAUGGUUGUGUAGACUUGAGUUUCCAAAGGGAGCAGCAGGUUGUCCUCGGACCAAGGACACGGGCUGAGGGAGGAACAUGGCUGCCCUCUGUUUACAUUUCUCCUCCACAGAUAUAAACACUAAUGUCCGUCUUAGACACGUCUGUCCCCGUGAGUCCACAUGCUGUACAUGACUCAAACGAAAAGAGCAGCGACAAGAAAGAGAAGAAAAAAAAAGAAGAAGAAGAAGAAGAAGAAGAAGAAGGAUGUCCAAGUGUUUCACUCCUUCUUUUGAAGAUAAAGCUCCUACUGGAACCACGCCACCUUCAGGAGCCAGUGUGAGGAGUUCUUUUGUUGUUGUUGUUUUUCUGUGUGUUUGCAGGUUUUACCUGUAGGUCGUGGUGUAGGUUGAAAAAUGUAGGUGGCGUUUCCUCUCUGGUUUGAACUUUGGCCUGAUUUCACAGCAGGGCAGUAUUUUUCUUCACAGUACAAAAAAAAACAGUAUUUCAAAAGAUCAAAGUCUGUGGUUCAUUAAAUACAAACACACGAC